AUGAUGACGUGCCGUCUGCUGUGCGCCCUGUUGGUGCUUGCCCUGUGCUGCUGCCCGUCCGUGUGUGCGACAACUGUUGAUGAGGAUCAGGAUGUUGCAGGUUCAGAAACCCUUGCGCCAAUGGCAACAGUCGAGACGGAACAGGCAUCAGGGACGCCCGACAAUCUGAAGGGAGGAAGCCAGAAAUAUGCGGGUCAGACGUCCAAUCCGACGAGUGAUAAGGAACAGACACUAGAAUCUCACAGCGCGCCACAGACACACGAUGGUGCGCCCGUUACUGCGGUGGGACAAAUUACAACCAAUCCGGAGCAGCCACCUACUGGGGGCACUGAGUCGGCAAACAAAGCGAAAGAGAGGCCCCUUAGUUUGGAAGUGACAGGUAAAGCCGAUGCGCAGCAGCCAACAAGUGCGACUGCUGCAAUGAAGGUAUCAGAUAGCGAUGCCCCUGCGCCAACCACUACAACGACUACCACAACAACCACCGCGCCAGAGGCACUACUUAACACGGCGAUGAAUACAGAGGCGCCAACCACGACGACCACCCGCGCACCGUCACGUCUUCGCGAAAUUGACGGCAGCCUCAGCAGCUCUGCGUGGGUGUGUGCCUCGCUGCUGCUCGCCGUAUCCGCGCUGGCGUGCACCGCUGUGGGCUGA